CGUGCGCAAACAGGAAGUUCUCGGCGCGUAUUUUCCGCGGGCCUUUGACGAAAACAGAGAUGCAGCAGUGUACAGAAAUGGCGGGUAAGUAAUAGCUACGUAAAUAACGGUAUAUAAAUGAUUUAAAUGGACAAAACCCGUCUUAUGGUUUGUAUUACAACUUGUAUGAUAGCUGUGCUUACCUCUUUGAGUUUUCGAGGGCGUGGAAUGUUGCUGUCACAGGCAAUCCAGUUGGCAAACAAGCUAGCUAGCUAGCUAGCUAGGUAGCUAACUGUUAGCCAUAGCCAGAGGCUCUGGCCCUAGCUAGCCAGCUUGCUGAGUCCGUGUUGAUGGUGUGGCUAUGAACAAGCUAGCCAGAUCCUCAAUGUAGAACUGCAUCACAGAUGGAAGAAUGAGCCAGUAUCUUUGACUGCAUGUUAGCAAUAGCUUGUAACUAUGGUGUGCAAAUGAAACUAGCUAUCGACUAUGUGUUGUGCUAUGCUUCACCAUGGUGUGUUUAGUGUUGCUUCAGUAGUUCAGUGUUCAAUGCAUGUGGAUUAGCUAGCUAACUAUGCUGCGCCAGUGGCUGGCAAGCAAGCAAGCUAGCUAGCUAUCUAUCUUUGUAAACAAGAAUAGGCCUGCUAACUAUUGUCUUGCUUUACUGCUAGCUAGCAAACUAACCACCUGGUCUUCAAAUCAGAAUGGAGAAUGAUGCCACUGUAGUAGCUAGAAAUUAAGUUUGUUUUGACCCACAGGGAUGAACCCAAUGGAGAAGAAAUUGGCAGAAUAUAAGUGUGACACCAACGAAGCAAUCAGCUUAAAACUAGGUUUGUUUCAUUCAUCAACUUAUUUAGCUUUGUGUAAUCUCUUACUUUUGUUGAGAUAAAGUAGCUACUUACACUGAAAUGUGUAGUUUGGUAGAUGGCGCUUUGAGUGUUUCAUAUUCAUAAUGCAAUAUUUUAUAUGUUGACUGUCUAUUGACAACACCCUCUAACUCAAAGAAUUAACAACAACUAUUUCUCUCAGUCCGUUUCGCAGAGGAUGUGGAUGAUGAAAGCACAACAUUCCAUCCAGAGUACAGCCACCAGCUUUAUGGUGAUGAGUGAGUAUCAAACCUGAUUCUGCCAAUAAGGUCUUUGUGAAUCUCAUUACACAUUACAGUAUCUCCAUGUGAAGUCUACAUCUGUGUGCUGGUUGCAUGACCGUAAACAGUUGAUAACAGGAUUCUGUGAAUGCUAACUCAUUUAUUUAUUCACUUUAAAUGUAUUUUCCCCCUUCAGUGAGGUGGCUUUUGGAUACAAAGGCCUUCAGAUUCAGCUGUACUACAGUGCUGGGAACCUGAGCACCCUCUUCAAAGUGAAAUAUUCAGCCAGAGUCACAGAAAAGUUUGACUGUGUGGAGGUAAGAGUUGUUUGAAAUUAUGCCUUUUGUCACUUAUGCGAAGCACAGUAACACUGACUCUGUUACCUAAAAAAUAGAUGUCCUGCCAAACUAUAGCCAUUCAGAGAUGGGCCCCAUCUCCCCACGUUGUGACUGAGGUUUUCUCGACCACAUGACUUGACCAGGGAAAACUUGGUGAUGAUGGACUACAGUUUUUCCUGUCAGGUGACUAACCACCCUCAGUAUCCUUCUAGUGGCUUUUCUUCUGGAACUUGUCCAGUUUCCCAGCCUGCUUUAGUUGGAGGUGAGCCUUUUUUGUGGGUUGCUUUGUGCAUGUUUCUGUGGGCCUUCUGGAGUGAUCAGAACCUCUGAGUGGUGGUAUUAUGCAGCAGCUAUGUAAGAGACCUCAUGUUUUGUCAGACCACUCCCAGUCUAUCAUAGGCCACAUGGGCCAUUGGUACUCUAAUCCUAUCCCUCCCUCCCGAAAGGGAAGGAUCUGGGGGUGUUGGCUUAGCCAUUGAUUUGAGUGGCUCUGUGAUAAUCUGCAGGAAAUGGAAUAUGUCCUGCUGGGGUAUGUUUCCCAAACGUGUGUUUUAUCAGGAGGGAGAUCACUGAAGAACGGUCCCUAGAAUGAACAAACUACAGUUCUGAACUUCUGCCAAAGUUUUCCCGGUCAUCAGCUAUUCUGUAUGGUGCUUUCAAUUGAAAGCGAUCCAAAUGAAGUAAUGGCCAGUAACCCUUCACUGGCUUUACACAUAGCAUUGACGUAAUUGCUCCAGUAACAUUGUAUUAACAUGUUGUUACAUUGUAAUUUGUCAUUGUAUGGAGUUCAAUGAUUUUCAUUAUUCCACAAUAUCAAGAAGACAAUGUUGUUAACGUGUUACCAGAAUAUAAUUACAGCAGUUCUACAUUUCUGGGUGUAACGUUAGUACGAUAGACUGAAUGUUAAGUGUUCCACUAAAAUUGUCAGAAUGGGAAUAAAUUGCUUAAUUGAGUGUGAAGUGCGUUGACAGUAGUAACAUUUUUUUAUUUUUUUAGCAAAGGCAGCGGCAAUAUCCUAUUUUUAGAGACGGAGCAGUUAUCAGUGCAAAAUGUUUUUCUUAUGGAUAAUAGUUUUCUUAGUUCAGUAUUUCCAAAACUGUCUAUACUGUUCCAAAUAACAAACAGUACUCGGAUGUAAAAGCAAGGCAAAAUCAUUUCUGAUGAUGACGGCCAGGCCAGCGUUGACCCACGAGUGUCCACCUCGUUAAGGGUUUAGUGCAGCUGGUGUGAGGUAGAGAGUUAGGGAGCAGCAGAGUUCAGGCUGCAUCUGAAGUGUUUGUCUGUGAGUGUGUGCUCACUGUGGCUGGGUGUAGUGCAGCUGGUGAGAGUUGGAGAGGAUGAGGACAGGAGCUGUGGGACAGAGUUCAACAUGCAGCUGCUACUCAAAUGGAAGACUUGUCAGAGAUCACCUUAACCCUAAACCAGCCAAAUGCUAUAAUGAUGGACUCCACACAGUCGAACAUCAUUUUUGUUCUCAGUCAUUGUUUCAUACCGGGCAUCACUAGUGAAAAUCUGGGGGGGGGGGAAUCAGUUGGUGUCUAUAUUAGCCUAGAUGUAAAAUGUAUAGAUAACACCUACAAAUGUCUGGUUAGGAUUUUGAUUGAGGCUGAAACCAUAGCCACUGGCAAUCUUUUGAAUAAAAACAUUUCCAACUAAAGAUAAUGUUAGAUCUACAACUUUGCUCAAGCUCCUCUCUAAUUUAAGCAGAAAGUGAUAACAGAACUUUAUUUUAAAGUUAGACAGUUAGCAAAAUAGCACACUUGGGCUAAAUAGAUAGUGCCCUUCUGGGCCCUGAGAGUGAUCUAAUUUAAUGUAUUUGCUGUUUAGCGACACGUAUAAAGAUUGUGAAAGAUAAUGUGAUCUGAUUUUAGUGUUCUUUAUCAGCCUUUUUUACCUCCAAAACAUUUAGACUACUCUAAAUAAGAUGUGUACACAUGAUCAAUUAUAUCCCGAAGAUAAAAGGCAUUCAGAUUAAACAAAAUGUUCUAAAGAUGCAUUUUUACGUCAAAUCUAUACCGAACUAGGAUUGUGCAAUUUUAAUGUCUAGUAUAUAGGAGAGUGCCUUGGACAAUAUGACUUGUUUGUCCAUGGCCUUUUAUUUCAGCUCCUUAUUCUUCAAAUGCAGUUGAACAAUUACAAUGGUGAAGUGGCAUUCAGCUGCAGGUGCAUUACUUCCAGUUGGAUAUUAGCUGAUGUCUGAAAGGAGAGGAAUUAGCAGUGUGUUCUAUUAGCCUUUUGUAGUGCAUUUUGUUCAGGCCUUCUUCAUUUCCCUGUUUUCAAUGGCGAGCAACAAGGGUCUCUGUACAGAACUAAUUCCCAUCACGCAUGUAAAUGGUGUGAAAGGGCUGCUUAGCAAGUUAAUACAAAGUGUUCUCAUGUCAAUCCUUGUGGAAAUGGAUACAAUGCAAACAUCACAGCUGAACCAACCACACAUUCUAGUGAGUAAAAAGUCUGGGGGGGGGGGGGGGGGGGGCCUUUGUCCGCCUGGCUCUUUGAAACGUGGGGGCAAAUUCAUUUGAUUGAGUUCACUUGCCAGGAUUAGAGGAAAGGCCUCUAUUAUGGAUGCCCAGGGUUUGUUAAGUUGAGAUCAAUUCAUUACAUUUUAUUGCCCAGUGAGAAGCAGAAAUACGUUAUUGUGGGGACUUCAUAAAAUAUUCAUGGUUUAACAUAAGUAGUAAAUUUAUUCAAUUAAGUGCUCUAUCACCAAGGGGUUGGGGGUGGGUGAUUGUCUCCACUCAGCUGACAGUCUUAAUUGCCUAAUGGUUCUCCUUUUUGUGGCACAAAAAUAUGUAUUCUUUCACUAAUUCCUCGUGUUCUCUGUCAAUCAGGGCUGGAGCAUAGCCUAAUUACAGAACAAUAGGAUCUUUUUUUUUUUUUUGGUCUUAGUGAUUACAUAUGGAAAAUAGAAAAAUUUCCACAGUUUUCCAUAUUACUGUAUUGUCUAUAGUAUAGUUGGUAAAACAUUUUUUUAAAUAAAGACCGUGGCCAUUUUUUAUCGAUAUUAUGAAACCAUAUCAAAGAACAAACACAUUGUACUCAGGGGAAACGACUGUUAAAGACCUAGGCUACAUUUUUAAGAAAUAGGGUUAUUUCAAAUGUAUGUUGGAAGGUGAUACGUUUUUACUGGGGAGGGCAUUUGCAAUCUUAUCUUGCUUGUAAUCAAACGUAACAGAAAUGGAACAAUGCAUAUAAAUACAAGGCUACUUUUCCAUAUACAAGAUGCUGUCAGUUUGUUUCAUGUUCUAGUAAACCCUCUUCUUUCCUACCUACAGCCUGAUGAUGUUGAAGGGAAGAUCCGGGAGAUCAUCCCCGCUGGGUUCAGCUGCAACACGGACGACUUCAUCUCAUUGUUGGAGAAGGAGACCAACUUCAAACCCUUCGGCACCCUGCUUCACACAUACCAUGUCCACAAUGUGGAGGAGGGAGAAGACUUUACCUACCAGAUUUACAAGGUUCACAUGCUUGUCCUUGCUCCUACAGUAUACAAAAACAUUAGAUUGUAAUAUAGGCCUACAAAUAUUAGUGCUUUCCAUGCCUACUGUAUGAUUUGCAGAUUAUUUCAGUAUAAGAGAGAGUGCUCUGCUUAUUUAUCAUGACUUUGAUUGUCCUCAGACCUUCUCCAUGUGUUGUGUUCCCUAGGUGGACGUGUCGUGCCCGGGAUUCCGAGACUACCACGGGCGCCUGCAGACCUUCCUCAUGUGGUUCAUUGAGACAGCCAGCUUCAUCGACGUGGACGACGAUCGUUGGGACUUCUUUCUCGUGUGAGUGUCUGACCUCCUUAGCCAACGUCGCUCUCCCCGAACCCUUCAUUGUCUCAUUGAGAAACAAUGGGCUCCUUUGAGGCGCUCCCCACCAAUUAUCCGGCCAGUUUGAUUAUAUUUUCCCUGGCUAUUCGAGAAUUGUUGAUCUGGCAAGAGUCGCCUUUGUGUUCAAACCCCUUUGUAAAAAAAAAAAAAAAUGUUUAGGGCAAGAGCUGAAUUGAACGCUGUUGUCUUUUGAAACACUGAAUGACAUCUCAAACAGUUAAAAGAGCCUCUGCCAGUGUUUUCUUUAGCCUACCACUUAUUAAGAGUGACAAUGGGCAAAUGGACUGAAGUGAUGUGGAGAGCCUCAAUCCCCCCUCUAGCCCCUUCUCCUCCUCUAAGUUGCAGUCCUCCAAUUAAGUGCAUAAUAUAUUCCGGUUGUAGCAGGUGUACGGAUCGGGACGGCCUGGCUGCUCCAGCAUGCUGACACUGAAAAGGGGCACCCGGAGAAUGGAGAGGAGAAAAUGGACGCGGCCUGAGAGUGUGCCUGUAAUUGACCUGCUUCUCUUUGUGUUUUAUCUGCAGAUUUGAGAAGUACAAUAAGGAUGGGGAGACUCUCUUCGCAACUGUUGGCUACAUGACAGUUUAUAAUUACUAUGUGUAUCCAGACAAAACCCGACCACGUGUAAGGUAAUUGCGAGGGGAGCACGUGUCUUCCCAUUCUUUUGUACCAAAAAGCAGAGGAAAAUUAUACAUUUCUGUCUCCUUUGUACUACAAAAAUCCCAAAUUACUGGCUUAUGUAUCCAACCAAAUGAUCAGUGUCUUGGGGGGGGGGGGGGGGGGCUUUUGGCUAUAAAUAAGGAUUUUGUUUGAUGUAUUGAUGGACACGAUAACAAUUUGUUACGUUUCUUAUAAUGAAGUGAAAAAUUGCUCCCUCAAUUUUCGAUCAAUUAGUACAUUAUUCCAUUCUGUCAAGUGUUCUUUUUUUCAUUCAGUCUUAACAUUGAAACAUGAUCAAUCGUGUUUACAAGGUUUCCCUAUGUAUGUGAUGUGAAAGAGGGAUAGGUUUGAGAGGUCUGGCAAAGGGGUCAGUGAGGCUGUUCUUUCAUGUCUUUGGGUAUGUUGGCCUGGUGUCCUUCUGAACAGCCAAAUGCUGAUCCUUCCGCCGUUCCAAGGAGAGGGUCAUGGAGCCCAGCUGCUGGAGGCAGUACACAUGUUCUACUGCAAUCUGCACAAAGUACAGGACAUUACAGGUGUGUGUUAAACUAAUUUUGUGUUACUUACAUUAUCUUAUGAUAUUUGGGGAGGAGGCUAUGACUGUGCUAGAGUUUCACACAUACAAUUACAAGUAUUUACAUAAUUAAAUACAAAGCAGUUACACACCAAUAUACUGAACAAAAAUAUAAACAAUUUCAAAGAUUUUACUGAGUUACAGUUCAUGAGGAAAUUACUCAAUUGAAAUAAAUUCAUUAGGCCCUAACCUAUGGAUUUCACAUGACUGGGAAUGCCCCCCCCCCCCCCCCAAAAAGGGCCUCAGGAUCUCGUCACGGUAUUUCUGUGCAUUGAAAUUGCGAUCGUUAAAAUGCAAUUGUGUUCGUUGUCCGUAGCUUAUGCCUGCCCAUACCAUAACCCCACUACCACCAUGUGGCACUCUGUUCAUAACGUUGACAUCAGCAAACCGCUCGCCCACAUGACGCCUUACACGUGGUCUGCGGUUGUGAGGCUGGUUGAACGUACUGCCGUAUUCUCUAAAAUGACAUUUGGAAGUGGCUUAUGGUAGAGAAAUGAACAUUAAAUUAUCUGGCAACCGCUCUGGUGGACAUUCCUACAGUCAGCAUGCCAAUUGCAUGCUCCCUCAAAACUUGAGACAUCUGUGGCAUUGUGUUGUGACACAACUGCACAUUUUAGUGGCCUUUUAUUGUCCCCAGCACAAGGUGCACCUGUGUAAUGAUCAUGCUGUUUAAUCAGCAUGUUGAUAUGCCACAUCUGUCAGGUGGAUGGAUUAUUAUGUUGAGUUUUUAUAUUUUUGUUCAGUGUAAUUGCUUUGCAUGGGGAAAUGAAAUUAGUAACAGAAGCAUCUCAGCUCCCCUGUCCAGAGGAGCACCCUGAUUUUUCUUGUCUAUUUUCCCCACUACUUUAAAUCUGGUCUUUGAAUGGGGAUAUGGAGGGACAACUCCUGCUAGAAGGAGGUCUUAUUCCAUGUGGCUUUAAAUCCUCUCUUGCUCUGGACUGAAUUCUUUCAAAAUCCUCAGUGGAAGCUGGAUAUAUGUACAUUUGAACAGGUUUAGCAGAACUGGGCUUGUCACAUGCAGCCACAAUCGUUGUCUGACAAUGGCGUAAUUAUUUGACUGUCAGUGGGACUUGAAUAUAAGCCCUUAUUAAAAACUGUAGCCUUGGAUGUGUUGGGGGGUGGUAAUGUGAACAGUUUGAAAAACGUAUAUAUUGAGUAUAGCUAACAUAAAUUUGAUGUAAUUCUAUGUGAUAUACACUGAACAGAAAUAUAAAUGCAACAUGUAAAGUGUGGUGUGUGUACAGUGCAUUCGGUCAGACCCCACAUUUUGUUACAUUACAGCCUUUUUCUUUUCUUUAUACAUAUUUUUGUAAUGUUUACUUUUUAAUUUAUUUUAUUGUAUUUUACCCCCCUUUUUUCUCCCCAAUUUCGAUCUUGUCUCAUCGCUGCAACUCCCCAACGGGCUCGGGAGAGGUGAAGGUGGAGUCAUGACCCACCUAACCGCACUCCUUAUCACCCACCAGCUUAAAUCUGAAGCCAGCCGCACCAAUGUGUCGGAGGAAACACUGUUCAACUGGUGACCGUGGUCUGCCUGCAGACACCCGGCCCGCCACAAGGAGUCGCUAGAGCGCGAUGAGCCAAGUAAAGGCCCCCGGCCAAACCCUCUCCUAACCCGGACCAAUUGUGCGCCAUCCUAUGGGACUCCCGGCCACGGCCGGUUGUGGCACAGCCCGGGAAUUAACCCAGGUCUGCGAUGCAGUGCCUUAGACCGAUGCGCCACUCAGGAGGCCCAAUUACAGCCUUAUUCUAAAAUAUAUUACAUUGUUAUUUUCUCAUCAAUCUACACACAAUACCCCAUAAUGACGAAGCAAAAACAGGUUUUUAGAAUUUGAAAUUUUAUAAUAAAAUAACUGAAAUAUCACAUUUACAUAAGUAUUCAGACCCUUUACUCAGUACUUUGAAGCUCCUUUGGCAGCGAUUACUCCCUUGAGUCUUCACUCCUACGUUGUCUUGGCUGUGUGCCUAGGGUCGUUGUCCUGUUGGAAGGUGAACCUUUGCCCCAGGUCCUGAGCACUCUGGAGCAGGUUUUCAUCAAGGAUCUCUCUGUACUUUGCUCCGUUCAUCUUUCCCUCGAUCCUGACUAGUCUCCCAGUCCCUGCCGCUGAAAAACAUUCCCACAGCAUGAUGCUGCCACCCCCAUGCUUCACCAUAGCGAUGGUGCCAGGUUUCCUCCAGACGUGACUCUUGGCAUUCAGGCCAAGAGUUCAGUCUUGGUUUCAUCAGAUCAGAGAAUCUUGUUUCUCAUGGUCUGAGAGUCCUUUAGCUGCCUUUUGGCAAACUCCAAGUGGGCUGUCAUGUGCCUUCUACUGAGGAGUGGCUUCCGAAUGGCCACUCUACCAUAAAGGCCUGAUUUGGUGGAGUGCUGAAGAGGUGGUUGUCCUUCUGGAAGAUUCUCCCAUCUCCACAGAGGAACUCUGGAGCUCUGACAGAGUGACUAUCGGGUUCUUGGUCACCUCCUUGACCAAGGCCCUUCUCCCCCAAUUGCUCAGUUUGGCCGGGCGGCCAGCUCUAGGAAGAGUCUUGGUGGUUCCAAACUUCUUCCAUUUAAGAAUGAUGGAGGCCACUGUGUUCUUGGGGACCUUCAAUGCUGCAGAAAUGUUUUGGUACCCUUUCCCAGAUCUGUGCCUCGACACAAUCAUGUCUUGGAGCUCUACGGACAAUUCCUUCGACCUCAUGGCUUGGUUUUUGCUCUGACAUGCACUGUCAACUGUGGGACCUUAUAUAGACAGGUGUGUGUGCCUUUCCAAAUCAUGUCCAACCAGUUGAAUUUACCACAGGUGGACUCCAAUCAAGUUGUAGCAACAACUCAAGGAUGGUCAAUGGAAACAGGAUGCACCUGAGCUCAAUUUCAAGUCGCAUAGCAAUGGGUCUGAAUAUAUUUAUGUAAAAAAGGUAUUUCUGAUUUAUUUUUAAUAAAUUGGGCAACAUUUCUAAACCUGUUUUUCGCUUUCUCAUUAUGGGGUAUUGCGUGUAGAUUGAGGAAAAUGUGUAACUUAAUCCAUUUUAGAAUAAGGCUGUAAUGUAACAAAAUGUGGAAAAAGUAAAGGGGUCUGAAUACUUUCAGAAUGCACUGUAUAUAAGUGUGUAUGUUAAAUGGAAUCCCAAGCUUGUGUUUAAUUAUCGUCUUGUUUUCUGAUAUUCUUUUCAGCUGAAGACCCCUCAGAGAACUAUGUGAAGCUGAGAGACUACGUUCUGGUCAAGCUUUGCCAAACACUGCCAUCAUUCUCCACAGACAAGCUUCCCUUGGGCUUCAGUGACGACAUGGCCACAGAGGCCAGGGAGAAAUUUAAGAUUAACAAGGUCAACAGCAACUUCAUCUAUAGAGCCCAGAGGAGGAUACGUUUGAUUACUGCACUUUCUGAGGAUAUGAAGGCUUUUUUUGCUUUCACAAAACCAUUAAUGGACAAAUUCACUCAUUAACCCAUGGCUCUCUAGUCCUAGAGGGGAAAAUGUACUAUUUCAUCUAAAGCGGUGGACACUCACUUCAAAAGUGGCCCCUGCUUGAUUUCUCUUACUGCACUUAGUCCCAACUAUAUCAUUAGUUUCCUUUGUCCCCCUUGCAUGUAGAUGAUUAUCACAGCUUGGUACCCAUGGUGUGGAGAGACAAAAUGCUUGUUUCUUACUCUGCCUCGGCUCUUGCAUGAAGCUCCAGGCACUUUAGUAUUGUACCAGGAGGUCCUGAAUAGCUCAACCAAACCUAAAGCUAACUAAGGAAUGGCUCAAUCUUUUCUAGAUGAUUAUGUAGACCGACUGUACAGUUUCUUAAAGGCACUAAUGGCCCUGUCCUGUUUUUGCCCCUACAGAAACACGCAAGACGAGUGUACGAAAUCCUGCGUCUGAGGGUGACGGACAUGAGCGAUGAGACAAAAGCAAGAGAUUACCGUCUGGAAGUCAAAAAGAGGCUAUUUGCCCCUACCAAGGUAUGUUUAUAAGAGUGGACCGCAGCUUCUCCAGUGAAAUGCAUUCCCCCAUCCUCCUGCAGUGUCCGCCUUGUGCUCUAGUUUCUAUUCCAAUGGAAUUAGCAGGUUGUCUGUACAGUGUAAUGCUCAUGGCUGUGUAUUUCCCUAUGGACUUCAUCAGUGGUUAAUGGCUGUUAGUCGCACUAUUUAACCAGGAUCAAUCAAGUUCAUUUGAUAAUUGAUUAUACAGCGCUUCUCCAAGUGCUUAGUGUUUGGCAACUUAUGACUUUACAUACAUGGUUUGGAAAGGGCAGAGAACAAGGCCAAGAAGAUGACGUGCACUUUAUUUGCUUAGAGCUGCUUCGGCUGUGUUUAGACAGGCAGCCCACUUUUGAUAUGUUUUUACCUAAUUGGUCUUUUAACCAAUCAGAUCAGCUUUGUAAAAGAACUGAUGUGAAAAGUUCUGUGAUUGGUCAAAAGACUAAUUAGUGGGAAAAGAUCAGAAUUGGGCUGCCUGUCUAGGUGUAGCCGCCUUGUUACUUAUGUUGCAUGACUUUAUCCAGAAUCAGGAGAGCGAUUAUUCCCCAGUUGCAGGAAAAUGUCUGGAGCACGGCAGGCGUCCAUUGUAGUGUUAUCCCAGGAUUCAGUUUCAUUAUUCAGGAUUUGCAUGUCAUUGAAGAGGGUUGAGUAAUUUAGGUGGGAGUAGGUUGCUAACAGCACACAUUCAAGCAGUUAGUUAGAGAAGCUGCUUGCCAAAUGGCACACGUUUCAUAUCGGCACUGUUACUGUGCUUUUGAAAUCUGAUUAAACAAACUGUAACUCAUUUUGUAUUUACAGGAUAACAUUGAUUUACAUAUUAUGCAUGUUCCAUGACAUGUUGAGUGUCUUAUUGAAACCCAGCAAAGCAACCAUUUAGAGGAUUGCUGUCAGCAGUGUAACCACACAUCUUAGGAAAAAGGCCAAUAUCUGAGGAGGAAGAAAGUUUGUGGUGAAAAAGGAAGUAGAAAUUCCUUGGUAGACUGUCUGUGGAGUGGAGGAGAGAUCUGGUGACCAGAUGCAGCAGGCUGUUUCUUUUUCCUGGGGAGGUUUGGUUUGUAGCUAGCUGAAUGGCAGAGCCCAUCUCAUUGGAUGUGCGGAGGAUUACAUGUUUCUGCUCACUUCUGGCUUCUCUUACCCCCAUUCCCCAGAGAGAGAGAGAGAGAGUGUGUGUGUACACAACAAGCUUUUUUGCAAUGUCCCCAAAAUACAUGAGUGAGGAAUCUUGGUCCAUGUCCAGAAGCUUUCAGCACUCAUGCUGGCUCAAUUACAGAAUCCUUUGCCUCCUUUCCCUCCUCCCCUCUGACUAUUUGGGUUUAAUACACUGAGAUGUGGUCAGGUCUGAAAAAUGAGGACCCACAGGAGGAACAAUACCCAAUAUUAACUUGCUCUUGUCAGUUAAAUGUGCAUUAUGUAAGAUUCGCUGCUGCUAACUGCCAUCAAACUUCUAAAAUACAUCCCUCUUAACAGAUGCAUUUGCAUAAUACCAUACAGCAUUCAAAGUCUUGGGGGGGAAACUAGCUAAUGGAUUUCACACAAACGCAGUGCAUUAACUAGUGGAUGUGUUUAUUGCGUACUUAGAAGAACCAGCGGGAGAUGACCAAGAUGAUGAAGUGUCUGCGGCCAGAAGAGCUGGCAUCCCACAUCAGUCAGAUGGACACGGCGCUGCAACAGGAGGAGCUGGAGAAGAGCUACCAGGAAGUGCUGGCUGAGUACAGGAGAGUCAUCGAGAGGCUAGCACAGGCCUGAUCCAGGGGGCCUAAUGACGGCCCUGCCUACUCACUGUAACACAGCCCCCACCCUGGCCCCCUCUCCUACCCUUCCUCCUCCUUCCCACUGGUGGUCCUAGAUGUACAGUAGAGCUGGAGCUGCGCGGUGCAGCUGGCUGGCUGCCUGGGGAAGUCCCACUCUGUGUCCCAUGUGUGUAAUCACGCUGUGUGAGAUUUAGUGAUUGGCAAUCAUUCACAGGUGAUAGGAACACCAUCCGUACGGUCUGGCUGGGCAGAACAUGCCUUCUUUUCAUAUAGAGAAUAAGGGAUUUUUUUUUUUUUUUUUCA